CAAGAUAUAUGUUUUGGGGGAUAAGCAGUCGUUAUCUUGCAGGAAUAAAGUUUGAUUUCUCUGAGAUAAAGAAUAGUCAUUAUAAUAAGUGAAUUUCAAAAAGACAACUUUAUUCUCUCAACAUUAGGACUUUACCCCGUAAAAAAAUAGUUUUGUAUUCUCGAAAAGGAUACCCUUUGUUUUUGAAAAAAAAUGGGGCUUUACAUUGCGUAAUAUGCUUUUCGUUUAGAAAAUAAAAGACCCAUCAUGCAAGGACGUCUUAUCACAACCGCACACAGUACAGCAGUGAUUCUCAAAUUGUGGUACGAGUACGCAGGCUUCCUCUUGUCAUAUACAACAAUCACUUUAUUAAAUGUUUAAUCCGUGUAUGCUUCAUUAUGCGUUAACGUCGAUUUCUUACUUUUCCGAGCUCCCGUGAUGUACCGUGAACACAACUCAGCGCCAGGGACGUCCUUGCGUGAUGACGUCUACCUACGUCACUCCAGACUUGUCUGGAGCAUCUCUGGUGGCUAAGCUAGGUCGCUAACUGCACCGCAGCUUUACUUGUGUUGAUUCCCACAAGCAAAACUAAGACAAAUAUCACCUUUCGCAAGUGAAGAAAACACUUAACAUUCCCCGGAGUGACCGCGUCGGGCCGGUCGGUAUGGCUCUGCAAGGCCCGGAGGAGCUGGGGGAGCCGGUGGAAGAAUCGGAGGACCUGGACGACCAUGACGCCAGUAGUAUCUCCCCGGCCGAGGAGAUCACGCUGCCAGCCGGCCCCGGGGGCGACGAAGAGGAGCCCGCGGGGACCACUGUGUUGCUGCCCUGGGACCGCUUCUCGACCUGGCUGCAUUGCAUCUGCGUGGUGGGCUUCGACCUGGAGCUGGGACAGGCGGUGGAGGUGAUUUAUCCGCAUCAUUCCAAGCUGUCGGAGAAAGAGAAAACCAGCAUUUGCUACCUUUCCUUCCCGGACUCCAACUCAGGUUGCCUGGGCGACACCCAAUUCUGCUUCCGCUUUCGUCAAGGCUCCAACCGGAAGUCGUCGCUGGGCUGCUUCCUGGAAACCAGCGACAGGGACGCGCCGCCCUGCCUGAAGAGGGAGCAGGGCCAUUAUUACGGCUAUGUGUAUUUUCGUCAAGUGCGGGACAAGUCUCUGAAGAGAGGCUACUUCCAGAAGUCUCUGGUUCUUAUCAGUAAGUUGCCUUAUGUGACCUUCUUCCACUCGCUCCUCAAGAUCAUGGCUCCGGAAUACUUUGAGAAGCAGGAACCGUGUCUGGAGGCGGCUUGUAACGACAUGGACCGCUGGCCCACGCCGCAUCCGGGCAGAAUCCUCACGCUGCCCAUCAUGGGCGUGGUCAUCAAGGUGCGCAUCCCAACGUGUUACGACAAACCGGGAACGUCGCAGCUGGUCCAGUCAGCUCAGAGUGACAGUCUCGUGUCCAUUGUGCUGCCCACCAUCCAUGAAGUGGACCUCUUCAGGUGUUUCUUUCCAGUCUUCUUCCACAUUCAGAUGCUGUGGGAGUUGGCGUUGCUGGGCGAGGCGCUCGUCGUCAUGGCGCCCUCUCCCGCCGAGUCGUCGGACACUGUGCUGGCGCUGGUCAGCUGCGUGUCGCCUCUGCGGUACUGCAGUGACUUCCGGCCGUACUUUACCAUCCACGACAGCGAGUUCAAGGAGUACACCACCAGGACGCAGGCUCCACCCUCAGUCAUCCUGGGAGUGACCAACCCCUUCUUCGCUAAGACUCUGCAGCACUGGCCUCACAUCAUCCGCAUUGGCGACAUGAAGCAAGCAGGUGAGAUGGCCAAGCAGAUGAAAGUGAAGAAGCUGAAGAACCUGAAAACUCUCGACUCCAAACCCGGUGUAUACACGGCGUACAAGGCAUAUCUCAACAAAGAUGAUGACAUCAUCAAGCAGCUCCAGAAGGGUGUUCAACAGAAGAGGCCCUCGGCGGCCCAGAAUGCAAUUCUGCGACGCUACUUUCUGGAGCUGACGCAGAGCUUCAUCAUCCCCCUGGAACGCUACGUGGCCAGCUUGAUGCCGCUGCAGAAGUCCAUCAGCCCGUGGAAGAGUCCUCCUCUGCUGCGACCGUUUGUCCAGCAGGACUUCAUGAAGACGCUGGAGAAGGCCGGGCCGCAGCUCACCUCCAGACUCAAGGGAGACUGGAUCGGACUCUACAGGCACUUCCUGAAAUCUCCCAACUUUGACGGCUGGUUCCGCAACAGGAGGAAGGAGAUGACACAGAAACUGGAGGCCCUGCACCUGGAGGCUCUCUGCGAGGAGGACCUCCAGCAGAGAGUCCAGAAGCACUCAGAGGUGGAAACGGUGGAUCUUGUGCUCAAGUUGAAGGACAAACUGAGUCAAGCGGAGAGGGAGCAUCUGCCCAUGCGUACCGGCACGCUAGCCAGACUUCGAGCGCACAUCGACGGCAUCAUCCUGGCCUUACCCGAAGACCUCCGGGGUAUCCUCCACAAGCCCACCACACCCUGACCUUUGAACCAAGAAAAAACGAAUUGGCCACCUAACACACGAAGAACGCUCGGUGCAUUUCCCAUCAUUUCCAAAUGAUCAGAGGGAUUUUUCUCAACCACUUGAAAGGCUUUUUAAUCUUGAAUCUUUUGUUGGUUUUUUUUAAGGGCUGCUUUUAAACUGCACUUCUCCCGUCGUGUACUUGGAAAAACAAACACACACACUAGUAUGCAAAUAAUCUUGGUGCUUUUUAUUUUUAUGUUUUUAACGGGGGGGGGGGGAAUAAUAAUCCAGUAAACAGCACAACAACAAUCCAACACCAGCAACGCACUCGCUUCUAGCAAUUUCAUACGGGAAAGUUGUAAAUGGCAAGGAACUUAUGGGAAAUUUCAUGUCAAAUUCCGGAAAGUUCACAGCAAUUCCAGUAGAACGUUUCCAACUUCGGAACAAAAGCUGUCAGAAGUUUGGCAACUUAAAAAAAUUCGGGUAAUUGCAGGACACUUCAUGGAAACACAUUUCUGAAUUUCCAGUGAGUUGCUGAAAACCUUUCAUGGAAAUUUGGAAGGGAAUUUCCAGUUAAUUUAUGGAUAACGUCCCGUGCGAAGUUUUGUCGAAAAUUUCAGUGAAUUUCUAGUAAUGGAUUAUACUAAACCGCUUGGACUUUUUCGCUUUUUUUAUGUUUUUAACGGAAAAAAAACUCCAAAAUCCAGUCAACAGCACACCAAGGAUGCGACUCGCUCGUUUUCACAUCGACCAAUCAGGCUUCUGCAGUCAUGUCACAUGGAGUUCCAGCAGCCUAUCUUGAGUCAGACUUUAUUCCCAGAAGUGAAGUUUGUUAGGUAGCAAAUUUCGAGGAAACUUUUCAUUUCAAAUUACUUCACUGGACAAUUUUAUGAUUUGAAUGUAUCAAAAAUGAUCACAUGGCCUUAAUUUAUGCUUGCAAAACUAACAGAAACCUUUUUUUUGGGGGGGGGGGGGGGGGGGAUUUGUUUGUUUGUUUGUUUCCUUCAAAAUCUCUCAGGAAGUCACGGAAAAUUACACUACAAACAGCCAACAAACAAUGAUGUGUAGUUUAUUAUUAUAUUAUUAUUUUGGCCACCACUUAACAGCAUUAUCGGCUAUAUUUACUUUUUUGCUUUACUUGUAGCAUUUCAUCGUUAUUGUUUUUACUUGAUUUUACUUUUAGCAUUUCAUACUUUUUUUUUUUUUUUUAUAAUUCCCACAAAGACGUUUCGCAGCAUAAAAAUCUUUUGUGAAACAUCAUGAUUGCUGCUUGACUGUAUUCAUAAAUAUCUUGUUAUAUGUUACGAUUUUAUUUCACGUGAUACACUUCUCCGUGGGAAAUUGGCAGGCAAUUUAUGGGAACCACAUGGGUAUCUUUGUCAAAAUAUUCCUGGUGGAAAAAUUGGCAACUUUUCACGGGAAAUGUUCUCAAAUUCCUGCUUAUUCCGAGAAAAUGUUUCCAAUUAAAUUUCUGAAACUCUUCUAUAAGAAAUUUGUCCGAAAAUUUCUGGGAACUUCUCAUUGAAAAUUGGGUAAGAAAUUUCCUCAGGGUUCGUCGAAUUUCCCAUCGAACAUUUCCAACGUCAGAAACUUUCCGUCAUUCUGGUGAAUUGCUUGAAACUUUCCAUGGGAAUUUGAAGGGACAUUUCAGGGAAUUUUCCAUAAGACGUAGGAAAAAAAAAAUAAUUUGUGAACGGCUAGAAACAAUUUAAAUUUUCCAGGAUAUUUGACUGAAAAUUCUUGGAAAUUCUUGGCUAUUCCAAAUUAUUCUUAAAAUGUUCCAUUCAAAAUUUGUAAGAGAUUUUCCAGUCAAUUUCUUUGUAAAAAUGGUUCUCUGCGUUAAAUACUGUAUUUUGUGUUAUAAUUUUAUUUGACGUGGUACCCAUGAAGAAACAAAAGUUUUGUAUUUAUGAAGAAAAAACAUAUUUGGGAAAAUAAUUGUAUUUUUUUUUGGGGGGGGGGGGGGGGGGGGGAGGAAAUCCUGUGGAAUUUUUGAGAAGCCUUUCCAGUAAUUUUGGUCGGAAAUUGCCUUGGGAAAUUGAAUGGAAGUUGUCCCGUGAAUGGCAAGGAACUUGCGGGAAAUUUCUUGGCAAUUCUAAGUGAGUGUUUUCCACUUCAGAAAGUUUUCGUGGAAAAUUUUCAGUAAAUUUCUGAAAACCUAUACUUAAGAAAUUUGCCGGGAAUUUCCUGUUAAAUUGUAGACAAUUCAGCAACUUGCCGGAAUCUUUCCAUAAGAUAUUUGGCUGCAAAUUUCUGGGAACUUUUGAUGGAAAGUUUGGUUGAAAAUUUCUGAAAGUUUGAAUCCUUUCCCAUAUUUCCAAUUUUAGAGCCUUUCCAUCGGAAAGUCUAGUGAAUUGAUGGAAACGUCUCUCGGGAAAGGGUAACGCUUCAAUUCAACUCCAUUAAUAACCGUAUUAUUUGAUGGUAUGAUUUGAUUCCACGUAAUGCACACUCGGAACAGCGAAACCUUUCUGUUUUUAACAAAGAAGUGUAUUUUAACAGUUUAUUUGUGUGUAUGUAACAAUGUAGAUGUUGACUUUUUGUACAAAAAGGUGUAAUUAAGGAUGUGCAAAUAAUUAUUUUGCUAAUACCGCACAAGCUAUCAAUAAUAGACGCCAGUAUUGAACCACAACACGAAACCACUUGUAUGAUUUGGUGGACGAAUGACGUGAAAUGGAUCGCCGUUGAUCAUUUCAUUUGAAAGUCUACAGUUGUUCAUUUUGGAUUUGAAAUGACAAAAAAAAUAAAAUCUCAUGCUUGAGUUAGUAGUGUUCUAAUAAAACGUUCAACCAGC